UGCUUUCUCUUUGUUCAAAUACACCAAUACCUAAGGCACAAGGAAGAGCUUUCAUUUUGUCAAUAGUCAUUUGCUCUCAACUACGUUGCUUUCCUUCUUUUCAUUGCACAUGAAUCGCCUGUGUUCCGUACAAGAUGAGGAGUCGACAGAUCUUGGCUGAAUGUCUGGCUGUGUUAGGCCUAUGUGGUACUAUCCUAGUAUGUGCAUUGCCUAUGUGGAAAGUGACGGCCUUCGUGGGAGCAAACAUCGUGACAGCACAGGUUUUCUGGAAAGGUUUGUGGAUGGACUGCGUCCUGCAGAGCACCGGUCACAUGCAGUGCAAAGCAUUUGACUCCGUCCUGGCUCUGACUCAAGAUCUCCAGGCAGCUCGAGCUUUGAUUUGUGCCUCCAUCGCUGUCAGUGUGUUCGCCAUCGGACUGUCGGUUGUUGGGGCCGAUUGCACAACCUUCUACAGAGAAGAGCGGCUUAAAAAGACCAACAUUGGAAUAGCAGCUGGUGCUGUCUAUAUAGUUGCAGGUGUAACCUGCCUUGUGGCUGUCAGCUGGUCGGCGUAUGUCACUAUUGUGGACUUCUAUAAUCCGCAAGCAAUAGCAGGGAGUAAAGGAGAGCUGGGAGCUUCUAUCUAUGUUGGAUGGGUGGCUGGUGUUCUGCUGAUUGUAGGUGGAGGGCUGCUCAUCAACACAUACUCCAACAGAUGUUGACCAGAUGUGCAUAUUAAACACAUGACUCUCUUUCCUGGAAGAUGAAAAGUCUCUCUGGCUCUAUUCAGAGCUGCCAAGAUAUAAUGGUAUCACCCUUAAAGAACACCUGAAUGUCUGUGCAAAUGAAUAAUAUGAUAACUUUAUUCAUUUUGCAAUAAUCCUGAAAAAAUAAAUUAUAUUCAUUUGCAAAUGUGAAAAUGCAAAUGAAAGAAGAAUUCAAGAUUUGUUUAAUUGUCUUAAAUCUGUUUUCUGAUUUGCAUUGUUCUGUUUUUUGUUCAGAGAUGUUUAUAGUUAUAAAGCGACAAUGUUUCAGUUUUCUAUAUCUACCUUUU